AACGAGGAGAAGCUAAAACAACUGCGCUACUCAAGUUUGGGUAGUGAAGAAAAGAGCAAAAAGGCACUGUUUAUGAAGAAGCUCCAGCAAGCCAGUUACGAAGAACCGAUCUAUCUGAAGAAAAAGAACGAAUAAUAACACCGUGCGCAAUGGAGGAAAUAAUAGACAGUGGAUCAUUGAACGGAAAGGAGAAGAUAACUGAAAUACUGAAUCGACGGCACAAGGAGCGAGAGCUGCACAUUCAGGCGGCCAAGCUCGAAAGGCAAAAAGAUGCAGAAAGCACAGAAGCGCUGCAAUACUUUGAGAUUUCUUUCGAGGAGAAAGUAAAGCAGAUACGUAAUAUGCUUGAUAAUGUUACCAGCAGCGACCAGAAGGCACAGGUGUUUGCCGAAAGUCAGAACGAGAUAUACGACCUACAGCGAUACCUGUCCUCGUCGACAUUUUUUCUAAACGAAUAUCGCAUCAAAGUUUGUCAGAAUACGAUCAACGAACUUAGCAAACUACUCGACACGCUGCGAAACGAACUGCUGCCGAAGAAAAAGUUUGGCUUCAAGAGCAAAAAAAUUGUGAAAAUGAUCAACGAGAAGGACGCCAAAGAGCAAGACCUUAAGCAAAGCUCCGAAUCGACCGGUUCCUCUGGCGAAAAUCACAUCAAAUGGACUUUUUCGGAAAGGGAAGGACAGUUAAUCGAACUCUCCGGCAGUGUAGUGAAUGAUCAAACUAUAACGGCAUCGAAGCUAAAAAACUGUCUCAUACGCAUCGAAGGCCAUCCGGGAUCGUUGCAAUUUGCGCAACUGGAUAACUGUGUGGUAGUGUGUGGUCCGACCGCGAGAUCCAUAUUUCUAGACGAUUGUACCGAUUGCAAAUUUGUUGUGGCAUGCCAGCAGCUUCGUUGUCAUCGUUCUCGAGCCUGCGAUAUGUAUUUGUACGUCACUUCGAGGGCAAUCAUUGAGGAUUGCAAAGGGAUACGAGUGGCAUGUUAUAACCAUCUUUACGGGAACAUCGAGGAAGACUUCAGACAGUCGGGCCUUGAUCUAUCCUGCAACAACUGGAACAUACUGGAUGACUUCAACUGGCUUUCGACCGACAAACCGUCACCGAACUGGUCGUUGCUAGAUCAGGAGCAAACUAUUGCUGACUGGAAUUCCUAUUUACACAGCUUUCAGCAGAUGCACAGUCUCACCGGCGUGGACCAUUAAAUAAAAUGCUUAGACUUGUUCGGGAUUAA